AUAAUGGACAGAUGAGGAGGAGGAGGAGGAGGUAGAAGCCAUCCAGACCUCGGUGUGAGAGCAGCUGUCCGCGGAAACAUUUUCAGACUGGUGGAGGAAAUCAGGUGGAAACCUACACACACAUGCUGGGAGAACAUGCAAUCAGACCUUCUUGGUGUGAGAAACAGAAGUGUUGCUACACUCAGGCGGAGGAAUGUCAGCGGAAAACAAGCCUGCAGACGAUGGAGGCUCCUUCUCAUCGAAGGUCAUCCGCAUCGUGUUCGUCACACUGCUGCUCGACCUGCUGGGAUUCACCCUCAUUCUGCCGCUGCUGCCUUCGAUUCUGGACCAUUAUGCACAAUCUGGGGAUGUCGUGUACGGGUCUCUGCAGAGUGUCGUAGACUGGUUCAGAGAGGCGGUAGGGAUUCCUUUGGAGAAGAAGUACAACAGCGUUCUGUUUGGAGGUCUGAUUGGGUCGCUGUUCUCUCUGCUCCAGUUCCUGUCAUCGCCCGUAACGGGCGCUCUGUCGGACCGUCAUGGCCGACGACCUCUGCUCAUUCUCACCACAUUGGGCUUGAUGUCCUCCUACGCAGUCUGGGCUGUUUCCCGGAGCUUCAGCAUGUUCCUCUUGUUCCGGGUAAUUGGGGGCAUUUGUAAGGGCAACGUCAGCCUCUGCACUGCCAUCGUGGCUGACCUGCCUUGCCCAAAAGCACGGAACCGAGGAAUGGCGAUGAUCGGCGUGGCCUUCUCCUUAGGCUUCACAGUGGGACCCCUGCUGGGAGCUUACUUUGCCAUCAGCUCCAAGACAGCAGGGACUGUCUUCUACCACACUCCGGCCGUGCUGGCCUUGGCUUUCAGCGCCGCCGACCUGCUCUUCAUUUGGCUCGUGCUGCCAGAGACACUAACCAAAGACGUAAAGGCCUCGUCUUCAGGCUGCGGGGAUUCCUGGGAUCUCCUCAGCCCUGUAGCUCUGUUCCAUUUCUCAGCCGUAACCCGGACGGAGGAGCCUCCUUCUGAAGAACGAAUGCAGAGGCUCCGCGUGUUGGGCCUGGUUUACUUCUCCUACCUCUUCCUGUUCUCCGGUUUGGAGUUCACACUGAGCUUUCUGACUCACCAGCGGUUCCACUUCACGAGCAUGCAGCAAGGGAAGAUGUUUUUCUUCAUCGGUGUCAUCAUGGCUCUGAUCCAGGGAGGAUAUGCUCGCAGGAUCAAACCGGGGCACCACAUCAGGGCUGUUCGUGUGGCGAUACUCACACUGAUCCCGGCGUUCAUUCUGAUUGGAUUGGCCAUGAACGUCACGAUGCUGUACGUCGGCUUGGCGCUCUACUCCUUUGCGGCUGCAGUGGUGGUUCCCUGUCUGUCCACGCUGGUCUCUGACCACGGCUCAGCCAGUCAGAAAGGCACUGUGAUGGGGAUCCUGCGGAGUUUGGGCGCCCUGGCCAGAGCUCUGGGACCUGUUGUGUCGUCCUCUGUUUACUGGAUCGUCGGAGCUCAGGCCUGCUUCCUCGUCACCUCGGCCGCCUUCGUUGUACCUCUGGCUCUGCUGAGCAAGGCCAGGCCGCUCAAGGUCGACUGAGCGCCGCAGAGACUUUUAAAAUGAAUGUUUUUAAUGUUUACAUCUUCUGGGAAAGUUGGCACUGAGUCCCAUUCAGUAAUAACGGGGAGACACUUACUGUCUGCGCUGUCGGCCAAAAACGUACCUUGAAGCAAUAAGAAUGAAUGUUGUUGACGUGCACAUGCGGGCCGGUAAAGCCUGGAAAACUCCAUGGGAUUGGGCCAGUCUGAGGGGUCUUGGAUUUAUAACUUGAUAUUGUCGUAUUUUAUCAAUAACACUGAUUUUGUAUUUUUUAACAUAGUAUUUUAUAUUGUCGCUCACUUUGAAACAUAUUGUCUGUAGAGAUAUUUAUCUCACCUAAAGUAUUUAAUAAAUGGGACAAAAAUGG